UCAAUUUUGUUUUUUGUUUAAUCUCAAAAAUCCCGCCGAAACGUAUAAGGUCUCGAGCCCAGAGUGUCAGACCUCUCUCUCUAGCUUCUCUCUCCAGAGUUUCAGAAGAUCGAGGAUUCCACGUCUCUCUCCAGAAGGCGUUUCAAACUACCAGAUCAGAGUUCGACAUUUAUUGUUUUGCUUUUGUAACCCUAAUUUAUUUAGCUCAUCAACAACCAAAUGUACGAUGUGAUCUCUCUCUUCUACAACGAACCAUAAGCUUCUGGAUCUUCGACAUUUCUCUCGCUGAAGGAAACCCUGACUCUUUUAUUAGAUAUCGGGCAUUGUGCUUGUUGAGGUUUGUUGAUUACGUGAUACUACUAUGACUCUGUGUGUUGUGUUGCAAGUCGUGAGUCAUGACAAUGUCUUCAAUUGGAUCAAGUAGGUAAAGUGAUUCGGAUUGGAAGUACGGAUCUUGUCCAAAUCUGGUGUAGUUAUUAACAAAUUAAAGAAACAUUUAGCCAGCAUUAGAGGAGGUUUGACCACAUGUACUCAAGUGCCAGCUGAGGUUAGGAGAGAGAUGUUAGAGCACUUGGAGGGGUUAAAAACAAGAAAGAGCUGGUGAAGAAAAGACACGAAGAGGAUAUGUAUACCGAGGCUUGAUCAUCUAGUAAGCCAAUGGGGGUCAUGCAUAAGGGGCCUCGAAGAAGAGGACCUAUGGAUUUUUACCCCCCGCCUCCUGAUCUUGAGAUUUUACCGCAUGAUAGGGAGCAAAUAAGUUUACAGAGCAACUUAGAAAGGAAGGCUAGAGAUAAGGUACCACAAUAUGUGGCCCAAUUCUUCUACGAAGCAGGCAUUCCUUUUAAUGCUGCUAACUUGAAAAGCUUUCAUGCUAUGUUAGAAGCAGUGGGUAAAUUUGGGCUAGGGCUUAGGGCCCCAACAGUUAAUGAGCUUAAGGGGCCAUUACUUAGAAAAGAAGUUGAGCUUACUAAUUACUUUUUGAAGACCCACUGGGACGCAUGGGGGCUACAUGGUUGCACUAUUAUGACUGAUGGUUGAAGCGAUAAGAGAAAUAGAAGGAUUAUGAAUUUCAUGGUGAAUUGUUCAUUAGGGACAAUGUUCUUGAUAUCUAUUGAUGCUUCUGACAAGUUUGAUGAUGCAACCUUCAUUAGUGAUUUGGUGGACCGGUGCAUAAAGAAGGUUGGUGAGGAUAAAGUGGUCAAAGUAGUGACUGGUAUAUACUCAGCUGAUAUGGCGGCUGUCAGGUUAUUGAUGGCUUAAGAGGCCGCGUAUUUUUUGGUCGCCUUGCACCGCACACUGCAUAGACCUUAUGCUUGACGCGAUUUCUAAGAGGAAGUCAAUGAGGACAACCAUAAAAAAAGCGAAGACCAUCACAAUUUAUAUAUAUAGUCACACUCAACUAAGAACAUGAGUUUUAUGCUAUGCUUUGUUAUCAAUUGUUUUGAUUCUUUUGGAUAUAUAUGUUAUACGAUGUCAGUGUAAGUUUGUAACUUGGGGAAAUUUAUGUCGGCCAGGUCUUAACCAUGAUGAGGAAGUUCACAGAAGGUAAAGACUUGGUGAGAGCUGGGGUGACUAGAUCUACCACCUCAUACUUGUCCUUACAAUCUUUGUAUGAGUAAAACAAAAAUCUUAGGUCAAUGUUUGUAUCUGAGGAUUGGACCAAGUCCAAGUGGGUUGAGAAAGCAGAUGGGAAAUUAGUGAGAGAGAUUGUCAUGGACUCACGAUAUUGGAAUAGGGUUCAAUAUGCAUUAUCUGUUUUUCAGCCAUUAGUAAAGGUACUAAAGAUGUUUGAUGCUGAGAAGGAACUUGCGAUGAGUCACAUUUAUAAAGCUAUGGAGGAUGCUAAGGAAGAAAUCAAGAAGCUUUUUGGGAAUGAUGAAGCGAAGUAUGGAGAAUAUUUGAAGAUUAUAGAAGAUAAAUGGAACUACCAGCUUGAGAGGCCCCUACACUUAGCAGGGUACUACCUUAACCUUGCUCACUUUUAUAUUGAUCAUGAGAUACAUAACAAGACUGAGUUCAUUGAUGCAAUGAACCAAUGCAAUAUCAAACUCAACCCUGACCUCGAAGUCCAAGACAAAGUCGUGAUGGAUGUAGAAAAGUAUAGGUUCUCACUUGGAUCUCUUGGAAAGGAGAUGGUGCAUGGUGGACAUACCUUGGGGGCAGCGCGCCACAUUUGCGCCAGACGGCCAUGUGUAUAUUAUAUUUGACUUGUAGCUUGUCUGGAUGUUAAUAUAACUUCGACAUGUUUGAAAGGGUAAUAUUACUUAAUUACUUAGUUUAUAGCCCCAUUUAUAUUAUGUUUUUUUACGUUUUAAUUGUUCAUUCAAUA